GUGGGACCUCUUCGUUAUUUUUCAACCGUUCCUAUCCUCUGAGGUUAUAGUUGAAAGGUUAAAUGCUAUAGAAGUCCUCAUUACACGUGUAGUUCACGUAUUGUUGAUUUAAUAAAACUACGUGUAUCAACAUGGGGAAGAGUAAGAAUCGUACCGAGGAAUCUGGGAAGGUGGUUAACAAUGUCGGAGAGAAAGCAAGCUCCAAGAAAAAGCACAAACGAGAUACUCGCGUCCAAAAAGACAAACAAAGCGACCACCUUGAACACAUCCCCUUCAAGCUGCAGGAGAUAAUGAAGAGCAAGGAGAGGAUGAAAACCGGUGCUAAGAAGGCAAAUAAUUCAAAAGCUGCCACCAUCCUUGGAAGAAAGCCAGAGGAGUCAACAAUCGGAGACAUCCCCGUCCCAAUUUUCAAGCGAAGAAGGAGAGAAGGUAUAAAACAGUACUUCCAGCGCAUGGAGACGGAGUCGAAGCACGUCCUCUUCCUCACCAACAACCAAGUGGAUAGGAAACCAGAACUGGAUGCAGAUGAACAAGAGAAGCCUGCAGAUCAGGGCAAGUCUAUUAAAAAGAAAGAGUAUGACAAACUAAGACUUCAAAAGCGUCAGCAGAAAAAGUUGAACCGACAAGAGGCCAGGCUGGAAAAAGAGAUGUUCCAAGAUAACAUUCCCUUUGGAGAGGUUUCCAUGGCGCCUCCUUCUCUAACCAGCAAACCCAAGAAAGCACCCAUCAAAUCUCGGGCCAACAGGGAACUGCUUCUCAACUCACUCCUUGGCCACACAAUGGUGUCCACCACCAAGUCCUCCAUGGCCAAGCAGAGGAUCAUGGAGGAGGAGAGGGAGCGGGCUGUGCAGGCCUACCGCCAUCUAAAGAAGCAGAAAAUGCAGCAACAGGAGCAAGCAAGGACUUUAAAGUGCAAGGGCCUCCAGUGAUGGAGCUCCAAGUGUGCUCAUUUAUUUUCUUUUAAAGUACAUUAGUGGUUGUGGGAGUGGGAAGAGCAGUCCAAUGCAGAUAAGGUCAGUAGGAAACAGACAUUUGCAUCCCCAGGUUGGGAGCACACAUUCAAAUAAUGUUAUCUUGAAAAGAAGACAUGCAUUUCAACAACGUACAACAGCACAGACAACUGUAGACUUACUCUCCCCUCUGAUUUUGUCUAUUUAUUACAAUAUAAUACAUAAAAGGUUGCUCUUAUGCUUGUACAGUACCCUCCAGACGCCACUAGAUGGCAGUGUUUAAAAAAUCAUUUGCAGUCUCUGAGUCUCGAGUCUCUCCAGCUGGUCAAUGGACCCGAUGCCUGCCUGUAAGGUGCAGGCCGCCUCUCAAUCAAAACUUGCCUUUGAAAGAUAAAAUUACAACCAAAGCUGACAGAUAAAUGUCCUGAGACUCUCAGGGAAAAUUUAUCAUUUUGAUGUAAUUAAAUAUUUGCACCAUGCUAUGGUUGCCGCAAGUGUGUAGUCUUGCAUGUGCAAAGGUACCCCUGAUUUACAGUCGAUGCUCACUUGUGUGAGCCUUCAGACAGAAAUGAAUAAAUCACGUCCGUCUUGCUUAUUAACAUGCAGCCCAGGUUAUUUGCAUUCAUAAUCCUUUCAAGGCUUACCCUCAAUCCAGCCAUGAACAAAGCCUUUGUUGUAAUGAUUGACUUCUUGCGACAAUAUGACCAAACAAGGACCAGCUCGUAUUUUUUGUCAGUUAUACUACAUAGACGAAAUGCAGGUGGCAUGACUGCUCUGUGUGUGCGUGCAUGUGCGUCUUUGUUUAACCAGCAAAGUCCAGCUUAAGUCUCUGCCUGUUUGUCUGCUUGGACGUUACCACAGUAACAAGAGAAGGCAGCUGUUUGUGAUGGCGAGUGGCGACUGCUGAGGCCAUGCGGCACGUGUCCAAUGCAUGUGCUGCAUGACGGCUCUUCAUGUUGUCGAGUGCUUUGUGGUGACUUUGGCUGUCAUAAGAAUGUGAUAUCUGGGUUAAGUUGCUCUCUGAGUUAAGGUGCUAACCGAUGCCAAUGGCUUCAAGCUUUAAGGAAAACUGCAUCCUUAUGUGAACCAUCACUACACGCCUUUCUCUUUUCCACGCGUUCCAAAGAGAGAAAAACUGCAAAAAAAAAAAAAAAAAAUGGAAGCAAGCAUAGGAACAAUAAGACAACCAAAUUAUCUGCAGAGUAUUGGCCUACAUUCCAUGUUUUGUUUAUUCACGACUAGAUGGGCCGUGUUGUAUGAUACAUGAGCACAUAACAUAGCGCGAUAUCACAGUCAAUAGAGUCAAUACAGUUGUCCCUCUGGGGUACCUUUUCCCGUUUAUUUUGGGUAGGUGUAAAAAAUGUUUCUAUCACUGCAGGAUUUAUUGGGGCAAUCUGCUCCUCGCCAUACAUUGUACACAAAGCCUUUCCGUUGAUGGUAAGUUAGUAAAUACCCAGGACUUGAUGGAAACUGUCCAAUAAAUGGUGAUGGUGAUAGAUGAUAUCGACAGUGAGAGCUUUAUCUCAAAGACACAUCAGUAGUAUACCUUUUGAAAUCAUUGGGUGUUUUGGCCUUUCAACACUAGAUGCCCUCAUCAAAGGCGGCCAACUACAGAACGAUCAAGCCUGUGUCCCAUGUCCAAUUAUGAUUAGAUUCCGACCUCGGAUCAAAAACUACCACGGCAGACCAGGUCAUUUUUAUCUGUUAAAAUUUGGAUAUAUUUUCCUGUGAAUGCAUGCUCAACUGCAUCCUUUUUGCAUGUCAGUGUGUGCUCUGCUUUAAAGGGCUCAACUUGUGAGAAAAUCUUUGAGUGAGACUUCAUGGUGUGCAGGGCAAAUUUAUGGUUGUCCCAAAUCUGGCUUACCACCACACUCCCAAUACUCUCUGCAAGUCCAUGUGCUGGUAACUCCUUGCCAAAUCUUUUAAGCAUUGCAUGGGCAGCCCGUACAAUUGCAAUCAAGCGUUUGUGAUAACUUGCAAUGAGUCUCUUACAGCGCUGUGGAGAAAUUUUGGCCCACUCAUCUUUGCAGAAUUGUUGUCAUUCAGUCACAUUGGAGGGUUUUCCAGCAUGAGGUGUCUUUUUGCCACAGCAUCUCAAUAGAAGGCAGGUCAAGACUUUGACUAGGCCUCUCCAAAGUCUUCAUUUGUUUUUCUUCAGCCAUUCAGAGGUGGACUUGCUGGUGUGUUUUGGAUGGUUGGUGUGGUUUCAGUUUGAGGUCACCAACAGAUGACCAGACAUUCUCCUUCAGGAUUUUUUGGUCGACAGCAGAAGUAAUGUUUCCAUUUAUCACAGCAAGUCUUCCAGGACCUGAAGCAACAAAACAGCCCCAGUCCAUCACACUACCACCACCAUAUUUUACUGUUUGUAUGAUGUUCUUUUUACUUUUUUGCUUUUACUUUACGGCAGAUUUAAUGGGACACAAAUCUUCCAAAAAGUUCAACUUCUGUCUCGUCAGACCACAGAAUAUUUUCCCAAAGGUCUUGGGCAUCAUCAAGAUGUUUUCUGGCAAAAUUGAAUUUUUGUUCAGAUUAAGUUUGACAAACAAGCAAAAAAAGCAUUGGAAGUCAUCAAUAUUUUGAGUAAUGAACUGAUGCUCACUUUUAGUCUAUGUUGAAAGAAAAUGUAUACUGCACUGAUGACGCUUUUAGUUGGUUGGAAGGUAGUUUUAAACAUUCCACGAUGUCCUCGUAGGCUAGCUGACAUUCACAGAUGACUUCAUGACGACUCCUCCCCAC